AUGAAAUAUCCUGAGAAGAAAAAAGGGAAAAAAAAAUUUUUUUCCCAACUUGACAUUCCACCGACAGCUGGUUCGUAUUGCCAUAUUCUAGUGCAAGUACAAGAGAAUAACCCUCCAUCAGCAGCCAUGCAUCUAAUGUACACCCUUGGUCCAGACGGAAAGAGAAUCUACACAUUGAAGAAGGUCACUGAGUCCGGCGAAAUCACCAAAUCUGCACACCCUGCAAGAUUUUCUCCUGAUGACAAGUUCUCAAGACAGAGAAUCACUUUGAAGAAGCGGUUCAACAUGCUUCCAAAAUAA